GAAUGGCCUCCAAGGAGGCAGCAAUGGGAGUGGUUUUCUUAUCACAGACUGUGUGUGGAGCCCUUGGAAAUUUCUUUCUUCUUCGCCAUUAUCUCUUACUUUCCUUCACUGGACACCAGUUAAAGUCCACAGAUUUAAUUCUCCAGCAUUUGAUGGUUGCCAAUUCUUUAUCCCUGCUCUCUAGAGGAGUCCCCCAGACAAUGACAGCUUUUGGCUUGGAAGAUUUCCUCGAUGAUCUUGGAUGCAAAGCUGUGUUAUAUCUUCAUAGAGUGGGCAGGGGUGUGUCCGUCAGCAUCACCUGCCUCUUGAGUGGCUUCCAGGCCAUCACCAUCGGCCCCAGAAACUUCAGGUGGGCAAAGCUUAAAGUAAAAGCCCCCAAGUAUACUGGCUUCUGUAUUUUCAUGUGUUGGACCCUGCAAAUACUGGUAAAUAUAAUUUCUCCCAUAUAUGUAACUGCAAAAUGGAGCAAUAGAAACAUUACACUGCAAAAGGAUUUGGGAUUCUGUUCUGCAAAUCAUGCUGAUACAGUCACUCUACAGCUAUAUGCAGUGCUGCUAUUGUUUCCUGAUGUGGCCAGUUUGAGCCUCAUGAUCUACACCAGCAUCUCUAUGCUCUUCAUUCUGUAUAGGCACAGGCAGCAGGUCCAAUACAUUCACAGGAUCAAUGUCUCCUCCAAGUCCUCCACUGAGUCCAGAGCUACCCGCAGGAUUCUGGCUCUUGUGAAUACCUUUGUGUCAUCUUAUACCCUCUCCUCCAUCUUCCAAGUCUGUGUUUCUAAUUCUCAGAAACCCAGUUGGUGGUUGCUGAACAUCGGUGCAUUUAGCUCUCUGUGUUUCCCAGCUUUCUGCCCCUUUGUGCUGAUGAUCCAUAACUCACAGUGUCCAGCUCUGUGUCUCGAUGUGAGAACGCAGUCUGUUGUCAGACUUCUACUUGCAGACAUACAGCGUCUCAGUAGCACUCAUCAGACAGUAUCUUUGCCCAAAUUUGUGCUCAUGCUCCUGAUAAUCUAA